AUGGAGCGAAAGCGCUCUGCUGUCAGCCAGACUAGUGAUGCUGCGCCUACUGAUUCCACCGAUACAUUUCACGAAGAUCCCACAUCACAGGCCCGCAAGCUUCGGCUUUCCAACAAGCUUGUAGAUCGCGCGUGCGCUUAUAGUGGUCUUCUGUAUACCUCAUUCUCCUUCAUCUUUUUCAUUGCCUCGGGGAACUUCCCACCCGCCGCGCCAACCCUCACUGCCGAGCAAGUCGUACAACACUACCACGAUCAUAAUGUGGGCUACAAAGUCGGAGCAUCAUUCUUCCUUCUCGCUGGAGCCUUCUACGGUUCUUUUACUGCGGCCAUGUCGCAGCAAAUGAAGCGCAUCCCUGGCGUGGGCCACACACUCAUCUCUGCACAAGAAGUUUCUGGGGCCUGGGCGUGUAUCACUUUCGCCGUUCCCGCCAUAUUCUUCGCAACAACCGCAUAUCGGCUGGAUCGACCGCCAGAGAUCACUCAAGCACUCAACGACCUGAGCUGGUUAAUGACGUUCAUGCCUUUUGCCCCAUUCAUUGUGCAAGGCUGGGCGUUCGCAGGCGCCAUAUUUCUCGAUCAAAGAGUGAAGCCGUUAUUUCCUCCGCUAGUCGCAUGGGUCAAUUUCGUGUCUCCCAUCCUGUUGGGUUCUGGCAUAGCAAUGCACUGCGUAAAACGUGGACCGUUUGCUUGGAAUGGGGCCUUGACGUUCUGGCUCACCGCCGUGGUUUUCGGAAUUCAGAGCGUUGUAAACAUUUUUUACACCUUGAAAGCUAUAGAGACAGAGACAACUGCUGAAUUGGAAGCUCCUCACUGA